GGAAAUGGAUGCUCCUCGGGCCCGCCCGCGCCGGGGGCGGGGAAAGCUCGGCUUUGCUACGCUCCAGCCCCGCCCCGGACCCGGUGCGUAAGGCGGGAGACCCCCUUCUCUGGCUGGCGCUGGGCUGAUCCCCGAGCCCAGGAGACCGAGUGGUUUCUGAGUUCUCCGCUUAGUUUUAGGGCGGCAGCAGCCGGAGGAGGAACAUGGCGCUCAUAGGCAGCCCAGCGGAGCUGGAAGCCGACGAGGACAUCUUUGAAGAUGCCUUGGAAACCAUCUCUAUAUCUCGCUCAGAUAUGGCAACAAGUGGCCUUCACUUUGCAUCGUGUGAUACAAAACGGGCAUCCAGACAUCGUGGAGCAUCUGCUGUGCGCAGUUUAUCAUCAACCAAGGUGGAUCUCAAGAGUGGCCUAGAAGAAUGUGCUGUGGCAUUGGACUUAUUUUUAAGUAACAAAUUUACAGACGCCUUAGAAUUGCUCCGACCAUGGGCUAAGGAGAGUAUGUACCAUGCCCUGGGCUACAGUACCAUUGUGGUGUUGCAGGCUGUCAUGACCUUUGAGCAACAGGACAUCCAAAACGGCAUUUCUGCCAUGAAGGACGCUUUACAGACCUGCCAAAAAUACAGAAAAAAAUGCACGGUUGUAGAAUCUUUCUCAAGUCUUCUUUCUAGAGGAUCAUUAGAACAGCUGAGCGAAGAGGAAAUGCAUGCCGAAAUCUGUUAUGCCGAGUGUCUCCUGCAGAAAGCAGCACUCACGUUUGUGCAGGACGAAAAUAUGAUCAACUUCAUCAAAGGUGGACUCAAAAUUAGAACAAGUUACCAAAUAUAUAAAGAAUGUCUUUCAAUCCUGCAUGAAAUUCAGAAGAACAAACUUGAGCAGGAAUUCUUCUAUGAGUUUGAAGGGGGUGUCAAGCUUGGUACUGGGGCCUUUAAUUUGAUGCUGUCACUUUUACCUGCAAGGAUUAUCAGACUACUAGAAUUUAUUGGAUUUUCUGGAAAUAGGGAGUUGGGCCUCCGGCAGUUACGGGAAGGCGCAUCAGGGAAAAGCAUGAGGUCCCCCCUGUGCUGCUUAACCAUCCUAGCUUUUCAUACUUACAUCUCCCUGAUACUUGGUACGGGAGAAGUCAAUGUUGUGGAAGCAGAAAGUCUCCUUGAACCCUUCCUCCAGCAGUUCCCAAAUGGCUCACUUAUGUUGUUUUAUCAUGCCCGAAUAGAGCUGCUGAAAGGGAAUCUUGAAGAGGCACAAGAGAUAUUUCGAAAAUGCAUUUCAGUUCAAGAAGAAUGGAAACAGUUUCACCAUCUGUGUUACUGGGAGCUAAUGUGGAUUUAUGUAUUCCAACAAAACUGGAUGCAGGCGUAUUACUAUUCAGAUCUGCUCUGCAGGGAGAGUAAAUGGUCCAAGGCAACAUAUGUGUUCUUGAAAGCUGCAAUUUUGAGUAUGCUUCCGGAGGAGGAUGUAUUAGCAACUAAGGAGAAUGUGGUAGCUUUGUUCAGACAGGUGGAAGGCUUGAAGCAGAGAAUUGCUGGUAAAUCUCUCCCUACCGAGAAGUUUGCUGUGAGGAAGGCUCGCCGCUACUCUGCCUCCUUGCCUGCCCCCGUGAAGCUAGUCUUGCCUGCUCUGGAAAUGAUGUAUGUCUGGAAUGGUUUUUCAAUAGUGGGCAAAAGAAAAGACCUUUCUGAAAAUCUGUUGGUAACUGUUGAAAAGGCUGAGGCAGCUUUACAAAAUGAAAACUUUCAUGACUUCUCUGCGGAUGAUGAGUGCUUAGUAAAGUUACUGAAAGGAUGCUGCCUCAAGAACUUACAACGGCCCUUGCAAGCCGAACUGUGUUUCAAUCACGUUAUAGAAAGUGAAAAGCUACUGAAGUAUGAUCACUACCUAGUGCCCUUCACUCUGUUUGAGUUGGCAUUUUUGUAUAAAAGCCAAGGGGAAAUUGACAAAGCUGUAAAGGUCCUUGAAACUGCAAGGAACAACUAUAAAGAUUACUCCUUGGAGUCCAGACUACACUUCAGAAUUCAGGCAGCUCUUCAACUCUGGAGAAAACCUUCCUCAGACUAAGCAGAAGAUGAAAGAUGGACUAUUCCUCUCAAUUAGCAUCGGCAUCUGCUAUUGAUUAGACCUUAUAUUAAAAUGGAAAAAUGAUCUUGUGAAUAAGAGACAAAAAUCUAAUUUUAUUGUCAAUAUUUUCUAUCAUCUGAGUGGUUUACUGUUGGUCACAUAAUUUUUUUUUUCCUAUGGAAUGACAUUCAGGACUAUCUAGAAAAUUCUUAUAUUUUGCCUCUCCAAACAGAAUUUCAUAUUAGAUUUGAAUGGGGGAAAGGGGCAAUGAAGUCUUUUAAAAGACUCACAGGUACAAUAAAGCCUAAUUAGAUUAUUUAUUUUUUUAAUGUGGAAAUUAAUAUUGUUUAAGUAAUACAUAGUUUGCAAGUUGAACCAUUUUUUAGAUUUGUUGGUCAGUUAAAAUUCAGUAAAUACUAAGUUGUUACUUAGUAUUUACAUUUCAGAGGGGAAAUAAACAUCAUUUACAUUUAAAAUUGCUUGACAAUGACCUUCUGAAGACUUCUGAAAAAGGCAGAGGUCAUGAACAGGAAUGUGAGUGUAUACUUUGUACGUUGAAGAGACCUGUAUCUAUAAAAGAUGAUGAAAUAUUAAAUUAUUGUUUUUUUACUCUUCAGGUUGGUUAAAGGUGGUGACACUUUUGACAGACUAUCCUGCUUUUGAAUGUACUCAUCUAUUAUAACACAAUCCAAAAAAUCCCUGUGUAUCUAAAGGAAGAAAGUAUCAUAUUUUAGGAAUGAUCCUAAACUUUGGCCACAAGAGCCUAAGAUAUAUACAUUGAUUAUUUUUCUUAUAGGAGUCAAAGUUCCUGCUGCUUUAAAUGAUAUGUAAAAUAUUAACAGUUUUUACACUUAGGAUGUGGGUAAGAUCUAAUUUUCUAAUCUCUCCAGCACUGUGACAGUUCCUUGUAAAUAUUUGGACUGUAUUUGGUCCUUUAAUUGGGAAACAGAGUCAGGGCAUGGAGAGGAAGAGCUCAGAGACCUUGACUGUGUGGUGCUGGCUCUGCUAUAGGUCAGCAGUUCACAGGGUGGCCCUUGGGGAGUUCCCUGCUCCGUGUUAUCACCAUAUCUUACCGAUGACUUUGAAGGUCUCUUUCAGUUUUGUAACUGUGAGUCUAUAUGUUGGUAUUUAUUUUUAACAAACAAUGUUAAAAUGUUGAAUCAAAACUAUUAGAAUGUGUUUUAUUUUUCAAUCAUCACUGUUUCCCAAUUCCCCACAUGUUUGUGUUAUUGCUAAGGACCUGAUUGCAUCCAGAGUGAGCAAAAACAAUUCAUGAGUUGAUGAAUCUAGGUUUUUUUUCUAUUUCUAUUUCCAUUUUGAAGAACAACUUGACAGAGACGCCUUUGUGGUUUUACAGAAAGAGCCACAGAAUAGGAGUCAGGAGCUUGGCUUUGUGGGUUAAUAGUUCUAUAAACGACUCACCUCUCCUGGGGCUCAUUUUCCCCUUUGUGGAUAGCAAUGUAGUACUUGGUUCUUAGGAGGGUUCAAUUAGAAAAGGCACAUAGUAGUUUUUUGUAAAGUAUGAAAGGCUAUACAAGUAUGAGUUAUUGUAAUAAUCGUGGCUUUUAUGCACUGAUUACAGUAUCAGCAUAAAAGUAUUGACUGAGUCUGUGGCCUUGUUUGUAGAAUGAAGGGGAAAUUCAGAUACCUUUAAGUUUUAUUCAUGUGUUUGGCAUUAACGAUAGACCACAUUUGUGUCCAGCAGUGUUUGAUGGUGUUUUCUUUAAAGUACUGAUUUUUAAGCAAUACUGACGAUGUAUUUCCCAUGAAAGAUGAUUGGUAUAACUCAAGUCAGUGUACCACCCCUUCAGAUAACUGGUGGUAGAUACCAUUGUGUUAUUAAUUAUAUAACUUUAGGUACAGAUAAAAGAAGAAAUAAAAUUAACUGCCAUUACAAUUAGUAAUGGAAAGUAUGUUAAAAAUUAUUAGUGUAUAACUUUGGGAAAAAGUUUCUAAGGUCCUUAGAAGAGUUUUGGUAGCCUUAUUUUUUAAAGGUUAUACAUUGCAAGUCACAGUUGAAAAUCAAUUUAAAAAAUUCUCUUUGAGGUAUGAAAUGAAAAAAAUUAUAAAAUAAGAGGGGUUUUAACUCUAUUAUCAAACAAAUAGAAAUUCACCUCUUUCCACAAAAAUUUUUCUUUUGUUACUUUUCUUAUUUUGUUAUCUGUAUUAUUACUUCCUAUUCUUUAUGUAGUUACCUGGUAAUAUGGAUAGUCUAUCCAGCUGAUUUUUAAGUACUGUAAUGUCAUUUUAAUGCUACAUAUAUGUAUGUUUUCUUCCAUAGUCAAGGUAUUUUAGUGGCACCAACUUCUUAUGGCAUCAGCUAACACUGCACUGUGGAGUUAUUUUUUUGAGUUAGAAUGUUCUGUGAAGAAUGAGCAUGAGGUGACAGUGUUUUGUCUAUUAAGGGUUAUGUGCGAUGGGGUGGGUUGCCAAUGUGUCUUACUUACAGUGCAAUUUAUGUAGUUCCUGGUACAAUCGCCUUUUUCUUUCUUCAAUGGGGAGGUAGGGUUCUGAUGGGUGCUUUGUAAAUUUAAGCAGCGAUCGUGUUUUUGUAGGAAUGGUGACAAGGAAAGCAUGAUAUCUACUUGAUAAUUAAUGAAAGAUUAAUUACAUCAGCUCUCAUAUGGGUAUAUAUAGUUUUCUUUUUCUUUUUUAGAGACAAAGUUUCACUUUGUCGCCCUUGGUAGAGAGCCUGGCGUCACAGCUCAAAGCAAGCUCCAGCUCUUGGGCUUAGGCGAUUCUCUUGCCUCAGCCUUACAAGUAGCUGGGACUACAGGUGCCUGCCACAACGCCCGGCUCUUUUACUGUUGCAGUUUGGCUGAGGCCGGGUUUGAACCUAAUACCCUCGGUGUAUGGGGCCAGCGCCCUACUCACUGAGCCACAGGUGCUGACCGAUGGACAUAUAUUUUAAUGUUUUCUAUGCUUCUGGAUAUAAGAAGGUUCCAAAGUUGUAUAGGAAAAAGAAGUUCUUUGAUUCUCUGUAUCCUUAAAGCUCAGAGAUGAGACAAGUAAGUAGAAGCUGUAGGUAAAUUUCAGAUUAAUAAGUGUCAAGGAAGAUUUUUCAUCAUUGGAAUAACCCAGCAGUAUAACCAGUUCUUUUGCAAAGGAAUGCAUUUAGCAAGGCCAUGUGACUGUCAUUCCUACCUGUCCUAGAAGCUUGGACUAGUUGAACUUUGAUAUCACUCUAAUUCCUAGAUCUGGGCUCAAAUCAGUGGAGUGUGUGUGAAGAGGAAAGCACCCCUCUCCUUUCCCAAUAAAAGCUAAUGUUUUCUCCUUUGAAGCUACUAUGAGAGGUGGUUGUGAUAGGCACUGCAGUUAAUACCAUUAUGAUUCCACCUCUUAUCUAUUCCUUUAAAGUGAGUCUAUUCAUCUUUGUGAAUAGAGGGGUUCCCCCCUCCUUGAACAUUAAAAAUAAUUUUUAAAAAGGCCAUUAAGGGGCGGUGCCUGUGGCUCAAAGGGAUAGGGCACCAGUCCCAUAUGCUGGAGGUGGUGGGUUCAAACCCAGCCUCGGCCAAAAACCACAAAAAAAAAAAAAAAAAAAAAAAAGGCCAUUAAGAUCAAUUGGAAAAAUUUCUGGAAUUACUCUGAUUAAUUCUUCAUUGAUCCCCCCACCCACAUUUCUUUUUUUUUUUUCCCCUAGUUGUACUCUCUAUAUUUGGAAAUCUUAAAUUCAAAUACAUUUAGUUAAAGUAAGUUAACAAAGACUCCAGUGGUCAUUUUGAUAUCCCAAAAUUUUGUGAUUCAUUGGGUCUGGAGUGGAUUUUAGGAAAUUAUCUUGUUCUCUCCAGCCUGCAAACAGUGUUGUUUCUCCUUCAGUCCUGCUCUGUCCAGCGCAGCAGCCCCUGGUCACGUGGCUAAUUGAGGUCUUGCACACACAAUGGCUGGGACACUUGUUGGAAUGAUGCUGAGUGUGGAGAACCAUUCAUUCACACAUGCUGCACUGCUCUCCUGCUUCCGGGCAUUCUGGCUUUUACUUGCUGUCUUCUGUGAUCACCCAAUGUGUGCUUCAAAUAUGUAUCUGUGAAAUUAACGUUUUGUGCUUAAGUGCCCUUACAUUUUCAUUUCAUUUUGUUUUUUCUUCAGAUGACCAAGGUCAUUGGCAUUUUUGAACAUUGUUCUGCUCUCCCCACCGAAUUCCUUAUAUACUAAAUUAAGAGACUUUAUUUUUGAGAUUGCUAUUUUAAUUUUGUUACACAGAUAUUCUUUGCUUUUUCACAAUGUACAGUUGUUAGAGUCGUAGAGGCACAACGCUCACCUUUAAGAUGUUAGUAGAUUUCAUUAUUAAUAUUUUCUAAGAUAACAGUCUUCUGAAAAAUAUAGUGAAACCUUUUCUAUUGCUAUAUGUCAUCAAUGUUUCAACAUGACCCUCUUGACUAGCCCAAUGUUACAAUUUAAAAGUUUUUAAGGUGCACAUUACCACUUAGAAAAUAAUUUGGCAGAUGGUUUAUUUUAUGUAUUAUGCCUUUUGCUGCCUAUCAGUAAUUUUUAAUGUGUAUCAUAGCUAAGUAAUAAGCAUAAAUAUAUUUAAGAUAUUUUUAAUCUCUUUAGACAUUUCUUAAUAAGAUACAUCUAUCUAUAGAUAAAUACAUGCAGAACAACUCACAAAUAUCGAAUAGACCAUUAUACUAUUCUUUCAGAAAGAGUGUGGGAUUUUCCCUAGGUUGUUCUCCCUCAGACCAGUUGUUGACAUAUUUUUCCUUUAAUUAUUAGAUUGCUUGUUGUAAAACCCUCUUCCUACUUCCCAUUGUCUUUUAUACAUUUGCUGUUAGAUUUAGUUACUUUGGAAGGUUGAACUUGAAAUGUAAUGGAAGGGGCACAUCAGAAUUUAUCACCAGGAAAAAUACCUUUUGUGUUGAGUUGUUGCUACCUGCUGUUGACAGUUAGACUUUCUUCUUAGGAAGGGCCUGAGGGAGUCCAUUCUGUUCUGUUUAGAACUUCAUAACUAUAGAAAGAAGUGAGGCAGGGACUGUUCAGUGGACUGAGAUGGCUGAGCAGGUUCUUGGCCUAAAUUGUCCAGAAGGGAUAUGUGGGUCCAACUUUAGAGGAAGUCCAAGCCCAUUUCCCUCUUGUCAACAAUGUAUUCAUGACAUGUGUCAGCACAGUGAUAUUGUAAUAGGAUUUUGCAUGGGAAAACCAAAGCAGCUGCUUCACUGUAUUUAAUAGGAAUGCCUCGCUGCAUUUAACUAAGAAAGAUGUCUAAAGAUAGGAUCUUCAUUAGGGAAAGUCAAGGGAUUCCAGUAGCAAACUUUAUUAGGUAAAACUUGAAUAUUAACAUACAAUGCCCCUUGUAUGUUAAUCCAACAGUUCUUGAAACAGUAAUUUAAAUGAUGAACUUAAGGAAUGCUGGCAUAUCCCAGUGGGAGUUUUUUGUUUCAUUGCUACCUAAUAUUUUCUAGUAAAUUAGUUUUAAUUAUUGGUGUCUCCUGGGUCCCACAGGGUAACAGAAAGUUGGUUGGUCUCAGUGUAGCCUGGUCUCAAUGAACCUGAAUAAAGAAUGCAUACAGUAAAGACGACUUCUUAACAUGUCAUUUUUAAAGGAAUUACAUUAUUUUGAAAUGCUAGUGGGUCUUAAUUUGAAGGUAUGACGUUCUCUGCUUUGGAAAUCAUGCAGACAUCUUAAUUUAUAUUUUUAAUGGACACAAUGUCUAGUAAUCUGGGGGAUAGUAAAUGAGUACAGUUUUCAUUAAUUCAUGUUUUUUUCCUAAAGUGAUUUAUUUUUCAUGAUAUACAGUUGCUUUCUAUAGGUGAUCUUUUAAAAUAAAGUAAUUUACAUGAAAAGAGGGGUUACAGUUAAAUUUAAUGGCUUCAGCACUGUUGCGUUCUGUUUCACAGAAGGAGAACACGUGUUUCACCAAUAUGUGUAGUUGGAAAAACGUACUUAAUUCUCAACCGUAUGUUGCAUUCUCAUAUCAUGUUAGGAAAAUUCUAUACAUAGUUUUUUAUUUUUUCCCUUAGCUAACUGUUGACAUCCAAACACCUGAAUGAAAACCAACUGGUCAUUUAUAUAUUAGUGUUUUAAAAUAUUUAUUUGCAAAUGUUUACAGAAGACUUGAAUUUUUUGAUGCAAGUUGCUAAAUCAUAUGUAAAGGCAAAUAUAUAUAUUUAAUAAGUGAGAAGUAUUAUUUUAUUACUAAAAUUUAUUUCCAAAGCAAAUUUAUUUUGUAGGUGUUUCAUUUUUGGAAAAUUUUGCUUUGCCUUAAAACAUACAAAAUAAACCUGUCUUGUGGUAUGGCAACCUAAAACCCUUGUUAACUUGACUUGUAGGGGGACUUUGAAAUUCAUUGAUAAUGUGUUUUUUUUUUUUUACUUCUGUUUGGAUUAAACAAAAAUAAAAUUGGAGGCCAUAGCAUUUUGUAAGCCAAUGCAAAGCUUCCUGUUCAAUCAUCAAAGCUACCGUUAUGUUCAUUGUAAUUCACUGUUCUAUUAGUAAAAAUUGUCAUCAUUUUAUCUCUUUUUCUAAUUACAUUUGAAUUUAGUCUCCUAUCUUUCCCAUUCUCGGUGAUCACAGUUUUUACAGAGAAAAGCAUUUUUAGAAGUCGAAGAUGUGUGAGUUCUAUGUAAAAUGAAUGUGUUAGUAACAUCCAUCUGCUGAUCAAGGAGGCAUUGGAUCUGGAACCAGAAAGUGAAAUAGAUUGUAGCUAUAAAAGUAUUUUAUCAAUAUAAGUCAAGAAGAAAGAAGAAAACUGUGAAUAUCUCAUCUUUUUUAAUAUAAAAACUAUGUUCCCAAUGAGUAUUCUCUUGCUGAUUUUGUGUUAAUGUUAUCAUCUAUGACUUGUAAGCUAAUGCUGAUAUAAAAUCUAAAAUUUCAACAUGAAGACAGCAGUUCCCAGAGCCUAUUUUUACCAUUAAGAUGUUUUUGAAAACAGAUGCCAUCUUAGAAAUUAUAUUUUUAAAUGCAAAUAAAUCAUCCCAACGUGAAAGUCAACACAUUUUAUUUUCAUUUCUUGGUAUUACAGCACACUCUGCAUUAUUAGAUACAAGUUUAAUUUGUCAGGUUUUCUUAGCAUUCAAUAUUUUCAUAUUGCUACAACUGGUUCACCUAACAUCAUGCAAUUCAAUUGUUAUUUAAAUAGAUUACACUU